GCUUGUAGGGUUAGUGGAAAGAUGCUGUUAUAGGAGUAUGCAGAGUAAGUCUUUGCAGCUAGCAGCAUACUAUGCAGGGAAACCGAACAGGGUUGAUGUGAUUGGUUGGGUGCAAGUGAAGUAAGGUGCUGAAUAAUUAAUGUGUGUGGGGAGAGUUGGGGUGUAGUGGGUAUGAAAGAGACUGGGGUGAGGAGACACAGAGGCAGUGGAGAAGCUAUGGAUGGAAAGAGAGAUGCUGUUGCCAGGGAACAGCAGCCAUAUAGAGGAUAACUGAAAACAACAGCAGGAUUAUCUAAUGGAGUAAAAGGACACAGAGACUGAAGCUAAUUUUCCCCAAGUUGCUGUAGGGAUAAAUAAGCUGCCACCUCGGACAGAUUUGGAUACAGAGGAAACUCAAAGAAGGGUUUGAAUUAUAUUUGGGAGUGUAAAAAGAUACUCCAAAGGUAUUUGGUGCUACAAGCUGAGAAAAGGGGGAGACGGAUAGAGAGAGGGAGAGGUCAUGAUGCCAGCGCAGAUGCAUUUUGAUUAAAGGAAUUUUGUGUCUUGGUGGUGUGGACGUAGGAUCUGAGAGGCAGGCUGUCGGCUCGCUCUUCACGGCCAGUCUUUCCCCAACAAAGGUGGCCAGAGGCGGAGGAGAACGUGGGGGGGGGUCCAAGCACAGAGGUGCACCCUGUCUUCAGACACCUGCUGCUGGCUAGCAGCUGACAUUGAGGACACUGUAUGACUGUGUCUGUGCGUGAGUGAGUGAAAGACAGGGAGCGUGAGAGGAGAAAUUUCAGCCUAACCCCUGCUUCUCUGUUGGUGUGGAGGAUCAGGACUUUCUCCCCUUGAAUCUUUGCAUCUGUGACUGAGGAGGAGGGCGGACACGCAGACACGGACCAGCGAGAGGUUUUGAGGGGAUCUCACACGGCUCAUGCCCUGCGCUCCUCUCUGAGGGAUGGGCACCACAGAGGCAACUCUACGAAUGGAGAACAUGGAAGUGAAAGACGAGUGGCAGGAUGAAGACUUUCCCAGACCACUACCAGAGUACGGAGACAUGGAUUCCUCUUGUGGUCUCACAGACGACAGAGCCUGUCUUGCUGUAGCUCCCCCUAACUCCCUGAAUGUGAGCCCACCUGGAGGAGGCGGUGGUGUGUCCACAUCCCACCGUAAACGGCGUACGCUGGUUGCCCCUGAGAUGAACCUUUCACUGGACCAAAGCGAGGGUUCUCUGCUAUCAGAUGACUUCCUGGAUACGCCGGACGACCUGGACAUCAAUGUUGAUGACAUCGAUACGCCUGACGAAACAGACUCGCUGGAGUUCAUCACCAAUGGCAACGAGCUGGAGUGGGAAGAUGACACACCGGUGGCCUCGGCUAAAGCAGGUCCCAGUGACAGUUCAGGAGAAGCAGAUGGGGAUGGGAAUGCCAACAACGGACGUCUCUGGAGGACAGUGAUCAUCGGAGAACAGGAGCAUCGUAUUGACAUGCAGGUCAUCAGACCCUACCUCAGGGUCAUCACACACGGAGGUUAUUAUGGCGAGGGCCUUAAUGCCAUCAUCGUUUUCUCUGCCUGUUACCUUCCUGACAGCAGCUGUCCUGACUACCACUACAUCAUGGAAAACCUCUUCUUGUAUGUGGUGAGCAGUCUGGAGAUGCUUGUGGCUGAAGAUUACCUGAUCAUCUACAUGAACGGAGCCACUCCUCGGAGUAAGAUGCCUGGGAUCAGCUGGCUCAAGAAAUGUUACCAAAUGAUUGACAGAAGAUUGAGGAAGAACCUGAAGUCUUUGGUCAUCGCUCAUCCCACCUGGUUCAUACGCACGGUGCUGGCUAUAUCCAGGCCCUUCAUCAGUGUGAAGUUCAUGAAUAAGAUCCAGUAUGUCCACAGCCUGGAUGAACUGGCAGAGAUCGUCCCCAUGGAGCACGUCCAUGUUCCCGAGUGUGUGGUGCAAUUUGACGAGGAGAGGAUUAAAGCACGGAGGGAAAGGAUGGAGCAGGAGCAGCAGCAGUCAGUCCCACAGGAGCCAAUUAAAAAGUCCGAGAGGCCGAAGUCAAUGAUUGUAAAUCAAGGAUUAUGAGAAGGACAGAGCUUUGCAGGUGGUAUAUAAGUGUGUGACAGACAUAUGGAGCAUGAACCCUUCGAUUUAUACCCACAUGAAGCAGUGGUCCAACAAGUCUACAUGUGCUUCCUUGUUUUACCAACAUCCAGCUGACGAUUUGUGCCGUCAUUUUCCGAUCAAGAUGGUGAAUCUCCGUCUCAUUUUCCCUCCGUCUGGAACCCCUUCUUCCUCUCUUCCAGAGGGUUUCAUAUUGCGACUUGAAAAUGUACGAAGGAACUAAAGAAGUGUUUUACCAUGGAAACUGAUGUUGGUUUCAUCGAGUCAUUAACCUGCUACGUGGUCGGACCUGUUGUAUCGCUCAUAUUGUAAUGUUACAUCCUCGUGAGGCUCUGGAAGGCCAGGACAUUGACAGAAACUUUAUGCUCUAUAAUGUAACACAAAAUUAAGGGGAAAGACAAUUUUGGCAAUGUUGGGUGAAACAAUUGUAACUCCAAUUGUGGUUCCUUAUGUUGUAACAAACUGAAGGAUUACAGGCUUUACUAUGGGUUGAGAAAAUUUUACAAUUCUACUUUUUGUCAAUAAUAUAAUAAAUUUACUAAAUUAACUGGUUUUACAUCCCAAAUUCAGGGUGUUUUCUGAGUUCUUGAAAAUCUGACAAUUAGAGAUAUAAGGUUUUUGCCUGAAAAUAGUGAUGUGUACAUAUGUUAUGAAAGAUUUAACAGACCAGAAUUGUCUAACAGCAACAUUAUUGAUGUAGCAGAUGCAGAGCCUGGGUCAGUAUGUGACCACCAGACCAAACUGGUUACACACAUUUUUAUUCAUGCUGGUUCGUGUGAACAAUAUAAUGUGUGUUAGAUGUAAAUAGCAAUGGUUUUCGAAUGCAUCAGAUGCCUUCAUCUUUAUUUUUUGCCUCAUAACUGCUCUAUCGCAAGGCCUUUUCGAGCUCUCUCUUUUGCUGGACUGACAUGUUGAAAAUGUUCAAACAUACUAACGUCUGUACUGUACCUUGUGUUAUGAUGUGCCUCAGUCAUCUUGUGUGUAGAAAAUGCAGGAACAUGAUCAUUAUUUGCAUUUUGUGGACUGGGAAAACCAUAUGAGCAAAUCUAUAAGAAUCAUAUAUAAAUGUUGUAAAAUGUUUGUAAAUGGUUAUGUGAGCAAUGCUUGUUUGUUUUGUGUAACAUGGUUAUGGCCACAUAUACAGAUUUCAUCUGCAUCAUAUUUACACUAUAUAUUCUGCAUAUUACACACUGUAUGUCAUCUAUAAGAUAAAUAUAAUACUAACCCACCAUAUACAAAACGCUACAAUAAUUUUGUAUGAAAUCUGUAUCAAAGUGGCCAUAAUCAAGACAAAAUACACAAGCAUUGUACAUAUGUUUGCUUAUUCAUUUUAUAAAUUGCACAUUUGUAUAAUUCUUAUAGAUCUGUUUCAUACGGGGACAUUUGUUGUCAGCUCAGAUUGUGAAAACAUGUUCUGACUACUAACUUGAUUAAGUAUAAAGCGGCCUCUGAAAGGAAGACAUUUUGAUAUUAAGUAGCUUAUGUGGAGAUUUAGUUUGUGAUUUCAAAAGCUUUGUUUAUCUCAGCAGAGUGACAUCUCCUUAUGUUUUCUGUAGUUGUUUCUGAUGAACAUUUGGGACACCUUCUCAUAUGUAACAGAAGUCUAGAAGUGAGAAUUUUUAUUUUUGUAAAGAACUGCAUCAUUGUAUUUCUUGCCUGCCUCGUUUUGCACUAUUUGACUUGGUUGUCACCUAACCUUUGAAUGGUUUCAGCAUAUAAUUUGAUUGGUUUAUGUUUAGGAGGUGAUGUGUUCUCCUAAAAUGUAUUUUGUGUUGUUGUUAAGUAGCAUGGCCGAUGUCAUGCCUUGUGUAGCUGUUAGUAACGCAUGAACAUGUUUAUGCUUCUUUGGUACAGAAAAUAGGACUAAAUGUCUAUUUCUAAGUGCCAUCUCAAUUCUAGUUUUCCUCUUGUUCUUUUGUCUUUCGGGUGCAGGAAUGUUAACGAAAAGGUUCAACUUUUCAAUUCUUUUCAGUCCUGUUAGGUUUUUUCACACCAAUAAACCAAACCUGAGCGGUUCCAUCUAAUACUUAUCAUCCUUGAUGAAACAAUCCCAGCUCAGUUACCAGCUGCUUUGGAAAGGUUUGUUGGCUGUUCUGAGUGCCUAUUUUUUAACCAAAUGAUUAAAAGAAAUCCAGAAAAGGUGAAGUAAUGUAAUGUGUAGCCUUUCGACUUCGAGUUAUUGAUAUAUAGUUUAUAGGUUUACUAUAUCAAGUCACACCCAAUAUGGUAUAUACCAAGGUCUGCAUAGAAAUGGCUGACAUGACCUUUCCAAAAAUCUAAAUGUUAAUUUUGACUAUAAAAGCACAAUAUGUAUAUUGCUACUAAUUCUUUCUUUACCAUUUGUCUGCUGUAAAAUGUUUGCUCGGACUUAAAGGGGAAAGAUGAUCUAUCAUUCAUGGUUCGGAAGUUCUUUAGAUUGAUAUGAUCGGUUCUGCCUUGUAAAUAUAACUGAAUAAACUGUUCCUCCCAAAA